GGGAAACGAAAGAUCGAAGCCAAGAUGCAGUUCGUCCGCGCCGGUCGCCGCAGCAAGCACACGCUCGUGCUCCUCCGCCACGGUGAGAGCGAGUGGAACAAACUCAACAAGUUCACGGGCUGGUACGACGUGGCGCUGAGCGCCAAGGGCCACGAAGAGGCCAAGGCCGCGGGCCAGCUCAUCAAGGACGCCAACCUCAAGUUUGACGUCGCGUACACGUCGUACCUCAAGCGCGCGAUCCGCACCUUGUGGCAUGUGCUUGAAGAGAGCAACCAGAUGUACAUCCCGGUCGAGCACCGCUGGCGCCUCAACGAACGUCACUACGGCCUCCUCACGGGCCUCGACAAGAACGAGACGGUCCAGAAGCACGGCAAGGAGCAGGUGCUUGUGUGGCGCCGCAGCUACGACAUUCCGCCGCCGCAGCUCACGACGGACAACGAGUACUACCCGGGCCACGACCGUCGCUACAGCGGUUUGGACACGAAGGACUUGCCGCUCAGCGAGUCGCUCAAGAUGACGGCCGAGCGUGUCAUGCCGACGUGGCGUGAGGAGAUUGAGCCGAGCAUCCGUGCGGGCAAGAACGUUGUGAUUGCGGCCCACGGCAACAGCUUGCGCGCGCUUGUUAUGGAGCUCGACAACAUUUCUAAGGACGAGAUCACGGAUCUCAACAUCCCGACCGGCAUCCCGCUUGUCUACCACUUGGACGACAACCUGAAGCCGAUUCCGCACAAGGACGCAAUCGCGCCCCUCAGCGGCUACUACCUGGGCAACCAAGAUGAAAUCCGCCAGCGCAUCCUUGGCGUCAAGAACCAAACCAAGUAACUAAUACGAUCCAAGUACCGUGAACACGACCAUAGUAGAUGCA